UAUGCGCGUUUGUCAAGGGAACAAACUCUAAAAUAACUAACGAACUUUGAUAUUAGCUCAGUUGAUAGUUUAUGUCACAUGUUCUAGCCUUAUUUAAGGAAAAGAUAUGUAUAUAUAUAUAUAUAUAACAUAUCAAUGACUCUCUCAACAGUUUUAUGAUAUUUAAAAACGCUACACGACAGCACAUAUAUUUCGUUUGACUUUGUUUUCGUUAUUGCUGCUUUUUCUCUUCAAACAUCAUUUUAAUGACAGUGUUAUAAGGAUGACGACUGGAGUUAUUUGUAUUUUUCUUAGCUUUCUACUGGUUGUAGGGAACCAAGCCUACCCUUUUCAUGCAUCGUCUUGCGGUUAUCAGAGUUGUAAUCCUGUGAAAGAUGGCAUGAUCAAUGUUCAUUUAGUGCCUCACACUCAUGAUGAUGUUGGUUGGCUAAAAACAGUUGACCAAUAUUAUUAUGGAGCCAAAACAAAAAUUCAAAAUGCAGGAGUACAAUAUAUCUUGGAUUCAGUAAUUCAAGAGCUUUUGAAAGAUCCUUCCAGGCGCUUUAUAUAUGUAGAAAUGGCCUUCUUUUGGCGCUGGUGGAUUGAACAGCAUGAUCAUACACGUCACAUUGUACAGAAACUUGUUAAAGAAGGACGCUUGGAAUUCAUACUUGGAGGCUGGACCAUGAAUGAUGAAGCAGCAACACACUAUAGUGCAAUCAUUGAUCAACAUACUCUUGGUUUUGAAUUUCUAUCAAAGACCUUUGGUGAAUGUGGCCGGCCAAGAGUAGCCUGGCAGAUUGACCCAUUUGGUCACUCAAAAGAAAUGGCAUCUUUAUUUGCUGGAAUGGGUUUUGAUGGAUUAUUUUUUGGACGGGCUGACUACCAAGAUAUAGUAAAACGUGUGCUUGAUAAAGAUAUGGAAAUGAUUUGGAAAGCAAACCAAAACAUUGGUGAUGAUGCAGAUUUAUUCACUGGAAUACUGCUAAAUGGCUAUAAUCCACCCCCUGGAUUUUGUUUUGAUGAACUGUGUCAGGAUGAUCCCAUUAUGGAUAAUCCACGAUUCAAAGAGAACAACCUGAAUGAAAAGCUGAUUAUGUUCACUACCUGGGUUAUGAUGAAGUCUUUAACUCUGAGAACCAAACACAUUAUGCUAACAAUGGGUUCGGACUUUCAGUACAGUAAUGCCAACGCUUGGUACAAGAAUCUAGACAAACUUAUUAAGUACAUUAAUGCCAAACAAGCAAAAGGCAGCAAAUUGAAUUUGAUUUAUUCUACCCCAUCAUGCUACCUUUAUCAACUAAACAGAGCAAACAUUACAUGGCCUGUGAAAACAGACGAUUUUUUUCCAUAUGCUGACCGACUUCAUAGCUACUGGACAGGUUAUUUUACCAGCAGGCCUGCAAUUAAGCAGUUCAUUCGAGAAUCUAGCAAUUUAUUCCAAGUCACUCGACAUUUAGACGUGUUCGCUCAACUUCAGAACCACAUAGAUUUGUUUAGAGUGUGGGAGCCUUUAAGUGUUGCUCAACAUCAUGAUGCUGUGACGGGUACAGAGAAACAAGCAGUUGCUAAUGAUUAUACAGCUAGAUUGUCUGCUGGUGUUGAAUCCUACCAGAAAUUAACAAAUGCAGCAUAUGCAAAAUUGCUACCAAAAACUAAAGAAGCUCCACCUACUCAUUAUUUCUGUUCUUUACUAAAUAUUUCAAUGUGUGUAGUAACUGAAGAUUUAAGUGAGUUUACUGUGACUCUAUAUAACCCAUUGGCACAACUUGUAUCCAAUUGGGUACGGUUACCUGUUAUUGGUUCUAGUUAUACUGUGCUGGGACCAGACUUGAACCCGGUUCAAACUCAAGUUAUAGCCAUCAGUUCUUCAACUAAAAGAAUUCCAGAACGGAGACGAUCUAAAGCACAGAACACAUUGAUUUUCGAAGUAAAGAUCCAGCCUUUAGGCUUUGCAACUUAUUUUGUGCAAAUGACUACAAGUGAUUAUGUCACUCAGAAUACCUUAUCACAAAUAAUUCCUGUAGAUCUGGGUAAAGACUUUGAGAUCAAAAAUGAUAAAAUCUCAAUUAGUUUCAAUGGAAAAACUGGUCGUAUGCAAGGAAUUUCCAACCUUGAAAGUAAGGUAUCAGCAUCUGUGGCACAGGAUUAUUAUUAUUAUAUUGGCCAUCCUGGUAACAACUCCGACACUAAUACUCAAGCUUCCAACAAUUAUAUUUUCAGACCUUUAAACAACACACCAUCUAGUGUGAAUUACUUGAUGCCUGUGAAGAGUCACAUAGUAAAAGGACCACUUGUUCAAGAAGUUCAUCAAGUAUUCUGCCCUUGGAUUACUCAAGUUAUACGACUAUAUAAAUCUAACAAUUUUGCCGAAGUUGAAUGGACUGCUGGAUCAAUCCCCAUUCAUGACAAUAAAGGAAAAGAAAUAGUUGUUUCAUAUCAAACUAAUCUUAAGACAAACAACUUGUUCUAUACUGAUGCAAAUGGAAGACAAAUUAUGGAGAGAAAACUUAAUUACCGACCUACCUGGACUCUAAAAAAUUCUGAACCUAUUGCUGGCAAUUAUUAUCCUGUCAACACCAAGAUAUUCAUCAAAGAUGUCAUGAAAGAUGUUCAGUUCACUGUUCUGACUGACCGUUCUCAAGGAGGCAGCAGUUUAAGAGAUGGACAUGUUGAACUUAUGUUACAUCGUCGUCUUUUGUAUGAUGAUGGUAGAGGUGUUGGUGAACCCUUAAACGAAACUGGCGCUGAUGGACAUGGUCUGAUAAUUCGAGGGAAACAUCAUCUGUAUGUUGACACAAAAGGAAACUCCACAAUUUUCCACAGGCAACAGGCUAUUGAGAACUUCUUACAUCCAACAAUAGCUUUUGCUGAACUGAGAAUGACACCAAAGGACUGGAAAGCUAAAUUCAACACAGAUUGGGCAGCUAUGAAGAGCAGUCUUCCUGGUAAUGUGAACUUAUUAACUCUACAGCAAUGGGGUAAGGAUACAUUACUACUUCGUCUAGAACAUGUCUUUGAGAAAGACGAAAGCACAUUUUCAAAACCUGUGACAGUAUCACUAAAGAAUUUAUUCAUCCACUUUAACAUUACUGCCAUUGAAGAAUUAGUUCUUGGUGCUAAUCUCAACCUAUCAGAUUUACAUCGUCUUAAAUGGAAAGCUGAUGGAGACAAUACAAGCAAUCAUUAUUUCAAGAAGCAAGAAGGUCUUGAGAUUACCUUAUCACCAAUGGAAAUUAAAACACUGGCAGUGACAAUAAGAAAUUUCUUUUAAAUAUGACAACUCCAAUCAUUACUAUAAGAUAAUUCAGUUGAAAAUGUAAUGGUGUAACUAACUGAAGAAAGCUGUCUUUCAGUUAUUUCUUCUCUUUAUUCUGCUUAACUACUUAUCACCAAAAUCAUCAGAUUGUGCAGAUUGCAAUUUUUUUCAUUAUAUUUUAAUUAAAAUGAACAACAUCUUUAUACUUUUAA